AUGGCGACGACAACCGAGACGGCGCCGCUGUCGGCACCAGUGCCCGUCGAGCUCCCCGAAGCAUCGCGAUUCCUCAACGAUAGCCAAUGGAAGGUUCUCAUGAGCCUCAUGGACGCCAUCAUCCCCGCGGUCCGCAUCCGGGACUCGGCAGGGGACACCAAGGCCGCCCAAGAUGCUUCUACCACCCACCUUCCGGGCGCAGAAUAUUCCGAGACGGCAGCCAAGCUCCGGAAGGCCGUUACGCCUCUCGACCCUUCGUCAGAAAUCCUCGAAGCGUACCUUGCCGAGCGGCCCUCGGAGAGUCCGGCCUUUGCCCAGCUCCUCACCUUGAUCCUCUCCAAUAUUCCACCAAGCAAGCAGCGCGAGUUUCGCAUCCUCCUCUCCGUCCUCAAUACUCGCCCUGGCAGCCUGCUCCUGACCUCGCGCGCCACCCCGCUUCCGUCUCUCCGCCUGUCCGAGCGGGUCAAGAUCCUCCAGAGCUGGUCCAACUCGCCUCUCUGGUCCCUCCGGUCGCUCUUCAAGAGCAUGACGACCCUCGGCAAGCUGGCCUUCAUUCGCAGCAGCGCCAACUUCCCCGCGCUGACGGGCUUCCCGGCGGUCCCCCGGGAUUGGACGUCCGGGUCGACCUCGCACCCGUACGAGUUUCUCCAGUUCGAGGCCGCGUCCGGAACCGGAAAGGCCCCGGUCGAGAUCUCGACCGACGUCGUCAUCGUGGGCUCCGGGUGCGGCGCCGGGGUGGUAGCGAAGCGGCUGGCGUCCGAGUUCGGCCCCUCGCUCGGGGUCCUGGUGCUCGAGAAGGGGCGGCACCUGGACGCGCGCCACUUCCCGCUGUCGCAGGCGACCGGGCUGGCCACCCUGUUCGAGGCCGGCGGCGUGGUCGAGACGGACGACGGGUCGAUGACGGUCACGGCGGGCAGCUGCUUCGGCGGCGGCGGCACCGUCAACUGGAGCGCCGCCCUGCAGACACAAGACGUUGUGCGCGCCGAGUGGGCCCGCACCCACCGCUUGCCCUUCUUCGAGUCGGCCGACUUCCAGGCCUGCCUCGACCGCGUCUGGGACGCCAUGGGCUGCACCGGCGACAAGGUCGCGCCCAACCACGCCAACCGCGUCCUGCUCGAGGGCGCCCGGAAGCUGGGCUACCAGGCCAAGGUGGUGCCCCAGAACUGCGGCGGAAGCGAGCACCACUGCGGCUACUGCACCCUCGGAUGCUGGAAGGGCGAGAAGAAGGGCCCCGUCAACGGCUGGUUCCCCGAUGCGGCCGAGCAGGGCGUCCAGUUCGUCGAGCGCAUGACCGUCAAGAGGGUCCUUCUGGACCACAAGAAGGGCAAAAAGGUCGCCAGGGGAGUUCAGGGCGUCUGGAAGUCCCGCGACGGCCGCGAGGUCGAGGUUAUCGUCCGCGCAAAGAAGGUCGUCCUCAGCUGCGGCACCCUCUGGAGCCCGGUCGUGCUGAUGAACAGCGGCAUCAAGGGCGGAUCUCUAACCUCGGUGGUCAGCUCGUUUGAGAACCUCGACUCCAAGGGCCACGGUGUCAAGCUCGAAGCCAUGUCCAUGAUGCCAUCCUUCUGCCUCCCCUUCCUCCCCUGGGCCUCGGGCACCGACUACAAGGUGCUCGCGGCGCACUACCGGCGUCUCAACACCUUCAUCGCCAUCUGCCGAGACCGCGACAUGGGCUCGGUCUACCGCGACCCGACCACCGGCCGCCCCCGGAUCGUCUACACCCCGUCCGACUUCGACCGCGCCCACAACCUGCGCGGCGUGCUCGAGCUCUGCCGGAUCCUGUACGCCCACGGCGCCAGGGAGAUCCACCCCUCCAUCGCCGGCUUCCCGCCCUUCAUCCGCAGGACGAAGGAGGAAGAUAACAAGCCCGAGGGCAGGGACAAAGACAAAGACAAGCACAAAGACAAGGACGAGGACGAGGAGAAGGAGAAGCGCGAGUUCGAGGAGUGGCUGGGGCGGCUCAAGGCGCACGGCAACAAGCCGCCCGCGACGCCGUUCGCGUCGGCGCACCAGAUGGGCACAUGCCGCAUGAGCGCCAGGCCCAAGGAGGGCGUCGUGGACCCGCGCGGCCGCGUCUGGGGCGCCGAGGGCCUCUACGUCGCCGACGCCAGCGUCUUUCCCAGCGCGAGCGGCGUCAACCCCAUGGUCACGACCAUGGCCAUCGCCGACUGGAUCGGACAGGGCGUCUGCGAGGACCUCAAGAAGGACGGGAUCCCCUCGAAGCUGUAA